AGAUGUUGUCGCUCUCACUGGUGCGGCGGAAAGCGACUUUGUCGCGGGGAUUCCGUUGCUCACCCGGUUCAGCGACGCGCCAGUGGACGUCGCGAUGAAGCUACGUAGUCGCGACCAGCUGCUUGUCACGAUCGAGAAGAUUCUGGAUCCGGACGCGAAGGACAAAAACGGACGGAACAAACUCGUGAAGCGUGGGAUGCUGCGUCGGGCGCAGAUGAAGGUCCGCGCCAUGACGCGGCUAGGCACCAUGGGCAACAUCUUUG